UACAGAUCAUGUUAAAGAAAACUUUACAAAGUUAGUCUCUAUGACAUAUCAUCUAAUAUUAUUCGUCUUUAGUUAAGCCUGCUGUGGGUGUUUCAGGGGAUUCAUUAAUGCCGGUCAGAAUCAGAUCAUAGUGUACCUUUUGAGCUACGGAGGGACGAAACUGAUGAUAAAACCAGCACCACUGCCCACAGAAAUGCUGCGGAGAGGCGACCAAACGAAGAUCAGUCAGACCAAUUGCUGCUUCAGCCAAGAAAACAAUGAAAACACCAACCCGAGUUCCUGUCGAAGCUCGUCGCCCCGCGGUCCCGCCAUCUCAUCACGUGGUGGUGGUUCUCCUGCCUGGGACAGUGUGCCCACUUGUGAACACGAUGGGAGGGAAGAGGCCAUGGUUUCUGCAUUUACAUGCAACAGCUAACAAUAAGUAGCAAGCGUACUGCGGGUUAGCUCAUGCUUUGAAGCACCCAUUUGAGAGAGAGCGAGAAAGGAAGAAUGAAAGGAAACUUGAGGCUGAUCAGGCAAGUUGCAGAGAAGUGCCACAGCAAGUUCAUGAGGAUAAGCACCCCCUCCUCGACGUCGUUGAGAGGCAAUGAGGAUGAGUAUGAUGUCAAAAUGGGUACUGCUUCUUCGUCAUCCUCUGCUUGUUCUUCCGGUGAUGGCGUUGGAAAGGUGGGAGGUGUGAAGAAGGGCCAUUUUGCGGUGGUGGCAAGAAGGGAUGGGGAGGCAAAGAGGUUCGUGGUAGGGCUAAGCUGCCUUCGGAAUCCGGCGUUCUUAAGGCUGCUGGAUGAGGCGGAGGAGGAAUUCGGGUGGCAGCAACAGGGUGUCCUGUCUGUGCUCUGCCAACCAAGUGAGCUCGAGGACAUCUUGGCAGCGAAUUGCCGGGUAGAGAGACAGAUCAGUGAUGAUUCCAAGCGGAAUCGGAUGGAUCGCUGGUGAAAUCCUUCCUUUUCCUUUUUCCUAUUUCCUUUCUUGAGACCGCAGAUUAUCCUUUCGUCUGACUGUAAUUAAAGGACCAAUUAAUGGAUCAUAUGACAGAGUUUAUGUUAAACAUGUAUCGAGAAAGAGAGAGAGAGAGAGAGAGAGAUCAUGUGUAUUUGAUAGUGGUUGACAGAUUCCUCACUAACAUUUG